GAGUCCUGCAACCCUGAUCUCAACAUCAUGGAGUCAGUUUGGGAUCACAUGAAAAGACAGGAGAGACUGAGACUGAGUCACAGAAAAACUGAAGUUCUCCAAGAUGCUUGGAACAACCCACCUGAAGAAUACUGGAAAAACUGUGUGCAGGUGUGCAGAGGAGAACUGGUGAUUUGAUUUGGGUUUUUUCUUAUGUUUCCUGCAUUUUGAGGUUAAUAAAUAAAUAAAAACUAGCAUUAAUUCUCAUCCUCACGUCACUUUUAGUGCCUAAAGUCUUUGCACAGUACUCUACUGCUGAUGAGUCGAGGCAUACCUGAAUGCAACAGUGGCCAUCCACAAAAUAAGUAAAUAAAUAAAAUAAUACAAUUUUUCAGAAAAGAAAAGAAAAAAGAAAAGAAAAGAAAAAAAGAGAAAACGGCAGAUCACAUGACCGCCUCCGUUAUUUCCUGCAGCAGCUACCUCUCCGCUGCUCGCUCCUGCCUGCGACAGCACAUCAGCGGUGUGGUCGCUCUGAACGCACGUCAACGGAAAGAAGAAACACUCCACACGUCGAGAAGGCCUCCGACACACUGUAAACCCUGUUGCAGUCAUAGCGAAGACGGAUAUAAACACACAUAUAUAUUUUUUCUAAUCCUAGCUGCUCGUUUUUUUUUUAUUUGAUAGUCUUGUAAAAAAAGAAGAAGAAAAAAAAAAAAAAAAAAAAAAAAGCCAGUCCUCAUAAUGGCGACAGCUGCGGUGUCUGCCCCUGCUGGCUGCGGCCCCAGCCCCGGGCCGGGAACGGAGCUCGUCCGCGGGCAGGCCUUCGACGUCGGGCCUCGGUACAGCAACCUCUCCUACAUCGGGGAGGGAGCCUACGGGAUGGUGUGCUCUGCCUAUGACCGGGACAACAAGAUCCGUGUGGCCAUUAAGAAGAUCAGCCCUUUUGAGCACCAGACGUACUGUCAGCGCACCCUGAGAGAGAUCAAAAUCCUUCUGCGCUUCAAACAUGAGAACAUCAUCGGAAUCAAUGACAUUAUCCGCACACCGACCAUCGACCAGAUGAAGGACGUAUAUAUUGUCCAGGAUCUCAUGGAGACAGACCUGUACAAGCUCCUGAAGACUCAGCACCUGAGCAACGACCACAUCUGCUACUUCCUCUACCAGAUCCUACGAGGGCUCAAGUACAUCCACUCUGCCAACGUCCUGCACCGCGACCUGAAGCCUUCCAACCUUCUGCUCAACACCACCUGUGAUCUCAAGAUCUGUGACUUCGGUUUGGCUCGUGUGGCCGAUCCCGACCACGAUCACACUGGUUUCCUCACAGAGUAUGUAGCCACUCGUUGGUACCGAGCACCUGAGAUCAUGCUCAACUCCAAGGGCUACACCAAGUCCAUAGACAUCUGGUCAGUAGGUUGCAUCCUGGCUGAGAUGUUGUCCAACAGGCCAAUCUUUCCUGGGAAGCACUACUUGGAUCAGCUUAACCACAUUUUGGGGAUCCUGGGUUCUCCCUCUCAGGAGGAUCUCAACUGCAUCAUCAACAUUAAGGCCAGGAACUAUCUGUUGUCGCUGCCUUUGCGCUGCAAAGUGCCGUGGAACCGCCUCUUCCCCAACGCUGAUCCAAAAGCUCUGGACCUGUUGGACAAGAUGUUGACCUUUAACCCUCACAAGAGGAUCGAGGUGGAGGAGGCCCUGGCGCACCCUUACCUGGAGCAAUAUUACGACCCCACAGAUGAGCCUGUUGCUGAGGCUCCGUUUAAGUUUGACAUGGAGCUGGACGACCUACCCAAAGAGACACUGAAGGAGCUCAUCUUUGAAGAAACUGCGCGUUUCCAACCCGGCUUUAGGUCCUAACAUCUCGCACAGAUUGCUCUGUGGACUGGCUUCUGCGUUGCCACUGCUCCUCCCCGCCUCCACACUGUUGCUGUGACUUUUGUUUUGUUUUUGCUUUUGUUUUUUUCCCCCUCUCCUAUUGUCCACAUCACCUGGAUUCCUUGGGUCUCACUCGUCAAGUCCACUUUGCUCAGGAAUGGCGUCAGGAAUCAAUCAAUCAAUCAAUCCUUCUCUGUCCCUUUUUCUUUUUCUUUUUUCUCUCUCUCCCUCUCCCUCUCUCUCUCUCUCUCUCUCUCUCUCCCCUCGGAGGUGAAGAGUAGGGGGGGUGUCACAUCACAGCUUUUACAGUUUUGGGGGUGGUUUUUUGUGUUUGAAGCCAAGAUAAACAAUUUUUUGUGUGUCUCAAAGGCGUGUGGCUCUGGCUAAUCCUAUUCAAGACAUUUUGAUGUCAGUGAUAGACUCGCUGUUGUGGUUUCUUUUUUGGUGCAACUGUCGUGGUUAUAACUCUGCCUACAUUGCACAAACAACAGUAUAUUACUUCUAAGAAUCAUUAAAAACAAAAGGUCUUUUGAAUUUUCUAACCUUAGUUGCACUGUUACAAGGGAUAUCUCUUCUCUUUUUUCUCUCUUUAUGUCUUUGGAAGAAAGGAAAAAACCCAAAUGAAAUUAACUGAUUUAUGCAAUGAAAUCAC